AUGGCGAAAUCGUGUAUCCUUUACUAUGACGGUUCCGUAUUAAAAUUCAAUAACUUCUCUCUCUUUAUCUCUUCCUCUUUUUCUCAAUCUCUCUAUCUCCCCCAAUCUCUCUUUCUAUAUAUCUCUCUCAAUCUCUCUCGUUAUAUCUCAAUCUCUAUCUCUUUAUUUCUCUCUCAAUCUCUUGUCAUCUCUCAAUCUCUCUAUUUAUCAUUCUCUCUCACUCUCUCGUUAUCUGUUUCAAUCUCUCCUACUCUCUUAAUCUCUCUAUUUAUCUCUCUUUCUCAAACUCUCUCUGUUUAUCACUCUCUCAAUCUCUCUCGUUAUCUUUCAGUCUCUCUCUUUCUCUUUCAGUCUCUCUCUUUAUCUUUCUCUCUCUCAAUCUCUCUCUUUAUCUCUCUUCCAUAUCUCUUUAUCACUCUCUCUCAAUCACCCUUUAUCUCUCUCUGUCUCAAUCUCUGCCACUCCCUUAAUCUCUCUCUUUAUCUCUUUCUCAAACUCUCUCUUUAUCACUCUCUCUCAAUCUCUCUCUUUAUCUCUCUUUUAAUCUCUCGUCAUCUCUCAAUCUCUCUUUUUAUCACUCUCUCUCAAUCUCUCUUUAUCUCUCUCUCUGUCUCAAUAUCUCCCACUCCCUUAAUCUCUCUCUUUAUCUCUCUUUCUCAAACUCUCUCUUUAUCACUUUCUCAAUCUCUCUCGUCAUCUCUCAAUCUCUCUCUUUAUCACUCUAUCUCAAUCUCUCUUUAUCUCCCUCUGUGUCUCAAUCUCUCCCACUCUCUUAAUCUCUCUAUUUAUCUCUCUUUCUCAAACUCUCUCUUUAUCACUCUCUCAAUCUCUCUCGUUAUCUUUCAAUCUCUCUCAUUAUCACUCUCUCUCUCUCAGUCUCUCUCUUUCUCUUUCUCUCUCUCUCUUUAUCUUUCUCUCUCUCAAUCUCUCUCUGGUCACCUUUCUUGA